AUGUUACCAGGGAAAUGUAUGCUAGAAAAAGGGCAGGUCCAUGCAGGCCUGGCAUCCAAGGACACCAAGAAGCAGCUGUUGUGUGCAGCCAUCGGUACCCAUGAGGAUGAGAAGUAUCGGCUUGACUUGUUGGCCCAGGCCAGUGUUGAUGUGGUCGUGCUGGACUCUUCCCAAGGAAACUCCAUUUUCCAAAUUAACAUGAUCAAGUACAUCAAGGAGAAAUACAACAACCUCCAGGUUAUCAGUGGCAAUGUGGUGACAGCUGCACGGGCAAAAAACCUCAUUAAUGUUGGAGUGGACGCCCUGAGGGUUGGCAUGGGCAGUGGCUCCAUCUGCAUCACACAGGAAGUGCUAGCAUGUGGGCGGACUCAGGCAACAGCUGUAUACAAGGUCUCAGAAUAUGCACAGUGCUUUGGUGUCCCCGUCUUUGCAGAUGGCGGCAUCCAAAACAUGGGCCACAUUUCCGAGGCUCUUGUCCUUGGAGCUUACACAGUGAUGAUGGGAUCUCUGUUGGCAGCCACCACAGAGGCCCCAGGCAAGUACUUCUUCUCUGAUGAGAUCCGGCUAAAGAAAUACCAGGGGAUGGGCUCCCUCGAUGCCAUGGACAAGAACCUCGGCAGCCAGAACUGUUGCUUCAGUGAAGCAGACAAAAACAAAGUGGCUCAAGGGGUGUCUGGGGCCGUGCAAGACAAAGGGUCCAUCCGCAAGUUUGUUCCCUACUUGAUUACUGGCAUCCAGCACUCCUGCCAAGUUAUUGGUGCCAAGAGUCUAACUCAAGUCGGAGCCAUGACAUACUCAGGGGAGCUGAAAUUUGAGAAGAAGAUGUCAUCUGCUCAGGUGGAAGGGCGUGUCCAUGGACUCCAUUCAUAUGAGAAGCAGCUCUUCUGAGAAGUGGCCUUGUUUGCUUUUACUGCCUCUCACCUCUCCCUCUCUAGGUUUUUCAAUAAAAAGCUGGAUAUAA